GAGCUGUGCCUCGUGCUCAAGCCGAAUCAUAGCGGUAUACCGUAUUGUACGGACAACGGCGGACAACGCCUUGCUUCGUGUGCUACUGCCCUGACUGCCUUCGUGCGUAGACUCUGGAGCUCCCGUGCCCAGGCUUGCGUUACAACGCCGUGCUGCACAUAUUUUAAGCUCGGCCUCGAUUUGCUGUGCAAGGAUUGCUGGACUUUGGACUGGAAGGAUUUGCAGCCGAUGGCAGCACUCAAUGGUCUCUGCAUGCUUGCACGCUCACAUUAUCUCCCCUUGUCUUCCAUCCCCUGUGCAAGCAGUCGGCCCACCUUCGCUAGCUGAUCGAAUCUACGGCUGUAACCCUCGCGCCUCCAAGCCCCUGCUGCUGUGCAUCCCGCGCUGCCCCCAGCAUGUCCACUGAGGCGGGCACGGUCCCCUUACCCCGCAUGCACGGGAGCACGCUGUAACGCUGGUGGCCAUG